AUGAAGACGAACAAUUAUAUGUGGAAACUUGAUUUGUUAGAAUCCAAGUUUAAUAAAUCUACACCCAGAUUUCCUCAUACCAAAAAAUUAUUAAUUGCAAGUAAUCACAAUCACAAAUUAUUAAAAAAAAUUCCUAAAUCACCAGAGGAUGCCCAAGUAGAAAUUGAAAAAAUAAAAUCAGAUAUCUUUCAAAAGAAAUAUCAUUCGGCAUAUUCAAAAUUAGCCAAGGAAGUGGAGAAAAAGACUAUCCCGGUGGACGAUAAAGAAUUUGUAUCAAAAUUGAUAACUUCAAAGCUAAUAAAAAUAAUUCAAAGUGCAUGUUUAAACUCCAAAGAAUUGAAAACGAAUCCUCCAACAUAUAUUGGACAGCAUCUUCGAGAAAUUGUAAUUGACAAAUCAAAUGAAUGUAACCCUUCGAGUUUUUAUAUCACUUUUUGUCAAAACGAUAAGGCAGUGAAUAAUUUUGUCGCCAAUUUAUGGAAUAAUAAGAAUGUAAAGAAGAUAUUGGAUGAAAUUGAAUGGUCAUUUAGAGUUGUUCGUGGAAAUUUGACAAGACAAGAAAAGGACUCUAGAAUUAAAGCUACUGGUAGUAAGGUGGAUUUGAAGGACAAUGAAGAUAGUGAUGAGGGAGAAGAAGACGAUAGUGAAGAUGAACACAAAUCUUUGGAUUUGGAAGAUGCUUAUGACAAGUUUGCAAUUUAUGACAAGGUAGACAAUGGAUCAGGAGGUGAGGAACAACAACCAGAAUUAGAUCCUAAUGUAAACUAUAAUGAGGUAACAGAUGAAGAGCCUUCAGAAGAGGAGUCAAGCGAAGACUCAUCGGAUGACUUUUUCGAGGAUGAACCACCAAAAAAGAAACAAAAACAGAGCCAAGAUAGUGGGAAAUCAUUCAAUCUUCCUCAACUUGCCUCUGGUUAUUUUUCAGGGGGUUCUGAUGACGAAGAAGACGAUGCAGAUAACGAUAAAGUAGUAAAGGAAAUAACUACACAGAGAAAGAAUCGAAGGGGUCAAAGAGCAAGACAAAAGAUAUGGGCCAAGAAAUAUGGUAAAGAAGCAAAACAUGUCAAGAAGAAUCAAGAAAUACUUGCCAGCGAAAGAGAACGUAGACAAAUGGAGUUUGAAGAAAGACAACGUAAACGUGAGUUAAAGGCAAAAUUAUUAGCUGAGAAACAACAAACUGGUGCUAACUCAUUACCACUUGGUGAGAGAAAACCUACUACCAGCAACACUGCCAGUACCAUACCGCAGCUGCUGCUGGUCUCUACUAACUCUGUUGCAACAGAGGAAAAAUCCAUCCAUCCAUCCUGGGAGGCAAAGAGAUUGGAAAAGGAAAAACUCAAGAAUGUUAAAUUCCAAGGUAAAAAAGUUGUUUUUGAUUAG